GGUGAGAUCAUCCGCGUCGACGUCGUCUUGGAGCUGUUCGUCGGCAACGCCUCGACCUUGCUCUUUGCCGCACCGCGCGGGUACGCGCUGGCCGCCCCGGUCGCCGCGCUGCUCGCGUACGACGUCUCCGCCGGGAACAACGGCAGCCGGGUCGUCUCGCUCCGGGCGCUCGGCGCGCCGGUCCGCGUGGAUUUCGGGGACCUCGCGUCUGUGGCGGCGGCGAACGGGACGCCGCCGUUCAACGCCAUGGCGGCCAGGUGCGUGACCUUCGCGGUGGACAGCGGGAAGGCCGUGGCCACGCACGCCAUGGCGUCGGCGACCGUGUGCGCGGUGACCGGCACGGGGCACUAUGGCGUGGCGGUGCGGCUGCAACCGCCACCGCCAACGCCACUGCCACCGUCGCCGCCUCCCGCGGCGGUGCGGGAGCGGUGGUGGGCGUGGACGGUGGUGGCUGGUCUGGGCGGGGUGGUGGCGGUGAGUUUCCUGGCGGUCACCGUGGCCGCCGCGGUGCGGUGGAGCAGGAGGCGCGGGAGGGAGGACAUGGAUGUGCGGGCGUUGGCCAGGGAGGAGCUGGGGAGGAUGGCGGUGCGGGGGAGCAGGAUGCCGACGACGAAGAUGGUGAGGACGCGGCCGGAGCUGGAAGACGGGAGCCCGCUGGCGUGGCGGCGCUAG